AUGGCUAUGAGCAGUGACCCUGGCCGCGAGAGGCUGGACCCCGACUCUGACAAACAGAUCGGCAGUCUCGCGAACGUCAUGGCUGCCAUGACGACGAAAGACUCGGAAGGCUCUGCCAGUGCCAACGGCGUGAGGAACGGCGGGGCCUCAGCAGGACGGGGCUCAGGCCAAGAGGACGCAUGCGACGCGGCCUCACCUCACUGGGAGGAAGUUGUCGCUGCAGGAGAGAGGCACCUACCUGUCGUCAGGAUCCGGAGGAGGAUACACAAACAUAUCCCCUCGUGUGGCUCGCAGGCCCACCGUGGAGUCUAAACGCGUGUCCAUAUCAGGACGCCCAGGACUGCAUCCAGUUGAACCAGUACAAACUGAAGAGUGAGAUUGGAAAGGGCUCCUACGGCGUGGUCAAACUCGCCUACAAUGAGGAUGACGACAAACAUUAUGCCAUGAAGGUGGUGUCCAAGAAGAAGCUAAUGAAGCAGUGCGGUUUUCCACGUCGCCCACCCCCAAGGGGACCCAAGGCGGCCCAAGGAGAGCAGCCCAAAAUCUUAGGACCCCUGGAGAGGGUCUACCAAGAGAUCGCCAUCCUUAAAAAACUGGACCACAUCAACAUUGUCAAGCUGGUGGAGGUGCUGGAUGAUCCGGCGGAGGACAACCUUCACAUGGUGUUUGAGCUGAUGCGUAAGGGCCCCGUGAUGGAAGUGCCCGCAGACAGUCCUUUGUCAGAAGAGCAGGCGAGGUUAUACUUCAGAGACAUCAUCCUGGGCAUAGAGUACCUGCACUACCAGAAGAUUGUCCACCGGGACAUCAAGCCGUCUAACUUGCUGCUGGGGGACGAUGGCCACGUGAAGAUCGCAGACUUUGGGGUCAGCAACCAGUUUGAGGGCAACGAUGCUUUGCUGUCCAGCACUGCCGGCACGCCUGCAUUUAUGGCACCAGAGACCCUUUCAGAUGCGCGAAAGAGCUUCAGUGGAAAAGCGCUGGACGUGUGGGCCAUGGGAGUUACUCUCUACUGUUUCGUCUUCGGGAAGUGCCCGUUUAUUGACGAGUACAUAUUGGCUUUGCACAAUAAGAUAAGGACCAAGCUUGUGGAUUUCCCAGAAACACCAAAUAUCAGUGAAGAGCUGCGGACUCUGGUCUUGCGGAUGCUGGACAAGAACCCAGACAGCAGGAUCACCCUCCCUGAGAUCAAGAUGGACCAGUGGGUGACCCAGGGAGGCACUGACCCCUUGCCUCUGGAGGAGGAGCACUGCUCCGCGGUGGAGGUGACAGAGGAGGACAUCCAGAACUCAGUCAAGUUUGUUCCCAGCCUCUCUGCCGUGAUUUUGGUGAGAGCCAUGCUGAGGAAGCGCUCCUUCAGUAACCCCUUCGAGUGUCCGAGCAGGAGAGAGGAGAGGUCCAUGUCCGCGCCCGGCAGCCUGCUCAUGGAUUCGUGGCCCUUCCGGCCCUCUUUAAAACUUCACCCCUCGCUCAGAAAGAGCAGCACAGGAGACGGGCCCAGAGAAGGAGAGCUGGAGGACCUGCAUGAAGACGAGACCUGCUCUUGAGUCUUAACGACGCUCCGGUCAACAGAGCUUUGUCUUAAACUCUGUCCUCUUUACGUCCUUUUGCUCGAAGUCACUGUGCGUUCAACCCUCCCUCCACGCAUCCCCUUCAAAUCAGUGACACACUACAGGCGUAUCGCUCCAUACACCAGAGAGAGAUGCGCUGUAUCGCUUGCGUUAACAUUCAGAUUUCUAUGCUCGGGCUUGCUUUCGUUUUUGCUUCCUGUCAGCCUCAGAGUAUCAUUUCUCACCCUGAUUCCCUCCAUUUUUCUUCUCCAAUGUGGAGUCUCUGGGUCAGAGAAGAAGAGGACAGAACCUGCCAAUAUAAAAAAAAAAAAAUGAUUCGAAAAAGAAAAAACAUUUUUUUUUAUUAAAUGUAGCAAAAAUAAUAUCAAAUCUAAAUGUAGCCAUAAAUGUGAC